CAAUUGUAGCCACGAAGUCAAAGCACAUGUACAUAAUUUAAUGUUCAUUCAUCCCCACCUACACUCCAAUUAAUAAAUGAGAUCAUGUGAGGAUAACUACAACAAAUCAUGAAUUCCUGAAAAUUGAAAAAAAACAACCAAUAAAAGCCCACAAAUCCCACACCAAAAUGGAUGGAGCAAAGAUGAAAAACAAUCUGUUUUUGAGUGAUGAGGACCAAAAUGGAAUGCCCAGAUCAUCAUCGGCAUUCUAUUGGUGGAAAGGGCUGGAAGAAUUCGACGAAAAUGGCAAUUUCAAGGUUGACAUCAAUUCAGACUUAACACCAAGAAUCAGAGUUCUUAGAGAGAUGGAGAGAUUGGCGUUCGUUUCUGUGGAAGGUUUCGAUGAUUUCAGACAUAAACUGUUGAGUUAUAGAGCUGGAGAUUUAUGGGUUCCUGUGGGUGGAAUCAACAAGGAAGAAAUGGAUAUUCCAGCUGUCAUCACGAUUCUCUUGACUGGCUUAACUGCCUCUGGCAAAAGCUCUCUCAUCAAUUUCAUGUAUAGUGUUCUUGGAAGAUCUGGCCUCAUUCCUUUUGCUCAAACCUCAGGUGAAUCAUCAAGCUACAAUACAACUAUGUUUCUUGAAGAGCACAAUGUUUUGAGAUCUGGUCGCAGUGGGUUGUGUGUGUACGACACGAGAGGUUUGGACCAAAAUAGGAUGGGGGAAGGAUUGGACGAGGUUUCGACGUGGAUGAGUGAGGGCGUUAGACAUAACCAGCCUUGUUACAGACUAGGAGACGAGCGGAGAGUUAUGGGAUCAACGCUGGUAAAUAGCUCAAGGUUCGCUAAGAGAAAAGUCAAUUGUGUGAUGGUUGUGGCUGAUUUAUUGCAAAUUCAUGAGGCCUUCAAAUCUGGCGAUUUCAAGUCAAUCGAGGCGUUGAGAUCCCUUUUUCAUUUGGAUUGCACCAAAAAUUUGAAUGAGAAUCCGAUGUUAAUUCUAACACAUGGCGACGCCCUAAGCCCGGGAGAUAGGAUCGAAGGGAGGCUCAAAAUAUGCGAAUAUUUAGGUAUACCGGAGACGAGUGGGGCCUAUGACGUGGCAUGCUUAACGGAGCAAGGGAUUUUUGUUCAAGACUUUGACUCUGUAACGGCCUUUGCAUUAAUGGAGGCUGUUUAUAGGGCUUUGCUGCAAUCAGACAGAUCUCAUUUACCUAACACCAACUUUAAGGAUUCGAUCAUCGUGUUUUGGUCGUGGCUGAUGAGCUGCAUUGCUACUUUCUUUGCAAUGCUUGCUCAUUUCUUCUCCAAGUUGGGACAUCACGACGGCAAACUUAAGAAGAUGUGAUCAUGUUAAUGUAUGUUUGAGCCGUGAUCGUCGUAUGUACUUCUUGUUUUAUGGUAAGAUCGAUGCAUGUUUUAAUGUGCUGAGAGUGAUUUCUCGAUUUGUGUAUAUGUAUAUAUAUACACAUUAUGAAGGUGAGUAUUUAUAUAUUUCCUAAUAAUGUGGCUUUUGGGAGUAUGGUGUAAUUUAAUUGAAAUAUGAAAUUAUAUUGAAAAAUAUAUUUGAAGCUGCAA